AUGUCAUCACAGAGCGACACUCAAAAGCCGAAGCCGAAGCAAUCAAUCCCAAGGCCGAGUUCAAGUGUCAUUCUGGUAUCUCCGAAGAAUGAGAUCCUGCUACUCCAUCGCGUCAAGACCUCGGCGUCAUUUGCCUCGGCUCACGUCUUCCCCGGCGGGAAUCUAUCAAGUCAAGACGGACCAUGUCCACCCGUCGAGGACCUGAAAAGGCACGACGAUGGUCCCUGGUACCGACAAGCCGCGCUCCGUGAGCUUUUCGAGGAAAGCGGAAUCCUGCUGGCCAAGAACAAGACCUCCGGGAAAAUGCUAACUGUCCCGGAGGACGAACGGGAAAAGGGCAGACGAUCGAUUCAUCAGCAGGAAGUUACUUUCUCGGACUGGCUGCACGGGCUGGAUUCUGCAGCUGUUCCUGAUACAGAGCAACUGAUACCGUUCACGCGAUGGAUCACCCCGACGAAUGUGCCCAGGCGGUAUUCUACGCAAAUGUACCUGUAUUUCCUCCCUUUGCCUCUCGAAUCCGAGAAGUCACUUUUGAAAGAGAUCCCCGCGGAAGGAGAGCGGGAGGAAAUUCAAGUGCCUACGAGCGACGGCGGCAUUGAAGUCACCGAGGCUAGAUUCUUGCCGGCGUCGGAAUGGCUUCGUAUGGCGCAACAGGGCGAGGUCAUGCUUUUCCCGCCACAAUUCUUGCUUUUGCAUCUGGUGUCGCAAUUCUUAGACAAGGAGCCUCGUGCAGGAACCUCGUUAGACUAUUUGAAGAACCGACGGACACAACUGGUCGAGUUCGCACAUUCGGGCACUCCACCCUGGACCGAGAAGUGCAUUUCUCCGAAGAUGCUCAAAAUGACGUCCGACAAGCGGACGGUCCUAGCUCUAGACCAUCCCGGACCGGAAUUGAAAGACAGUGAUAGACAAGGCGAGUCCGACCGAGUUGUGUUAGUACGGUUUGGACAAGGAGCGGCUCGGCAACUUGAAGUGCGCUGGAAGAAGGAGGUAUUGUCUGCGGAUGGUGGGGAAGAGAAAGGUCGUCUCGCACCCCCUCCGAAUUCUCACCGUCGUCAACCUCAAACACCACCAACCGCCAAAAUGGAGAACGAAAAGGGAGAGAUUGUCGAUCUCUACGUCCCCCGCAAGUGCAGCGCCACCAACCGCAUCAUCAAGGCCAACGACCACGCCUCCGUCCAGCUCUCCGUUGGCAAGGUUGACGAGAACGGCCGCUACACCGGUGAGAACAACACCUAUGCUCUCUGCGGUUUCAUCCGUGCUCGCGGUGAGAGCGACGACUCCUUCAACCGCCUCGCCCAGCGUGACGGUUACCUCAAGAGCGUCUGGUCCGCCAACCGCCAGCGGUAA